CAAAACAUAUGCGAUGAGUCCUGUUCUAAUUUCACCUCUUCCGGCGGUGAACAUUCAAGUACGCAGAGACAAUCCAAGGCUGCAGCAGCUCAGAGGCAAUCACUACCAUCACAAAACAUAAGCGAUGAAUCAGAACCGACAAUUCAGAGUGCCGGUCAUGGAACUGCAUCCACCCAAAGGCGAUUCUUGACAUAUCAAAAUAUUGACUAUGAAUCGGAUCCGACAUUCCAGAGUACCGGUCGCGGAACGACGAUCAAUAAAAGUCAAUAUAUGCCUUUACAAAACAUAACCGAUGAAUCGGAACCGACAUUCGAAAGUACCGGUCGUGGAACUUCAUAUACUCAAAGACAAUCCAUGCCUUCCCAAAAUAUAAGCAAUGACCCGGCACCGUCAUUCCAGGAUAAAAGUCAUGGAACCGCAUACAGUCAAUCCAUGCCUUCUCAAAAUAUAAACGAUAAAUCAAAACCGACAUAUAACAGUACCGGUCGUGGAACCGUAUACAGUCAGAAACAUUCUAUGGCAUCUCAAAACUUAAAGGAUAAAUCGGAACCACCAUUCGAAAGUACCGGUAGUGGAACUGCAUACAAACUAAGGCAAUCCAUGCCUUCUCAAAAUAUAAACGAUGAAUCGGAACCGACAUUUGAGAGUACCGGUCGUGGAACUGUAAACAUUCAAAGACAACCAUGCCUUUUUAAAAUAUAAACCAUGAAUCUGAACCGACAUUCGAGAGUACCGGUCGUGGAACUUCAAACUAUCAGGGUCAAUCCUUGAAUAUUGAAAGGGCCAAAAAUGUAGCUUUAGACAAUCAGAGGCAAUCUUUGCUUAGAAGUACCGUACCAACCCUGGAACCGAACUUACAUACACUCAAGGACAACCCAUGGACGCUUUUGAAGAUGUUUCAAGAAUGCGAGAUAAACCCAUUCCUAACAACUCUGUUGCGAAUAUAGUUAUUUCUGUCAGUGACUCUGACACAAGGACACAAGGACGCCAUGCUUCAAUGAAAGAACCAGAAGCCUUUCAGAACAGGAGACUCAAAUUAAAAGAGAAAAUAGAAGACGAACGGAUGCCAUAAUAUGAUGAAGUGGGAGGCGUCAUAAGAAGAAGGACCUCCCGACGGUAUACAUGUGACGAAUGCCUAGCAGAGGAGAUCAUGCCCU